UCGAUCAUACUCGUGACGUCAGUCGAGAUUUCCGUGCAAACAGAGAUGGCGUCUUCCUGAUCGUCCAUGUGGUUUCGAACAUAGAAAAAUCUCCUUCAUAACAUUAAAGUAACUUAUUGAACAGAACCGGAAGCAGCGGUAGAUUCAGCGGAGAAGCUCCGACAGGAAAGAAAAUGCAACACGACGACGUGAUCUGGGACAUCAUCGGGAACAAACAGUUCUGCUCCUUCAAAGUCAAGACGAAGAGUCAGAGCUUCUGUCGGAAUGAGUUCAACAUCACAGGGCUGUGUAACCGCUCCUCCUGCCCCCUGGCCAACAGCCAGUACGCCACCAUCAGGGAGGAGAAGGGUCAGUGUUUCCUCUACAUGAAGGUGAUUGAACGAGCAGCGUUUCCAGCGAAGAUGUGGGAGAAGGUGAAACUGGCUAAGAACUAUGAGAAAGCUCUGGAACAGAUCGACGAGAACCUGAUCUACUGGCCCCGCUUCAUCCGACACAAAUGCAAACAGCGCUUCACCAAGAUCACGCAGUACCUGAUCCGCAUGCGCAAACUGGUCCUGAAGAGACAGAGGAAGCUGGUUCCUCUCAGCAGGAAGGUGGAGAGCAGAGAGAAGAGGAAAGAGGAGAAAGCUCUGAUCGCGGCUCAGCUGGAAAACGCCAUCGAGAAGGAGCUGCUGGAUCGACUCAAACAGGGAACGUACGGAGACAUCUACAACUUCCCGGUUCACGCCUUCGACAGAGCUCUGGAGCAGCAGGACCAGGAGAGCGAAUCAGAGGAGGAGGACGAGGAGGAGGAGGAGGAAGAUGAGGACGUGGGGCGGAGAGAGUUCGUAGCGGAGGAGGAGGUGGAGGAGAGCGACCUCAGCGACUUUGAGGACAUGAACAAACUAAGGACGAGCAGCGAUGAGGAGGACGACGACGAGUCCAGUGAAGAAGAAGAUGAUGAUGACGACGACGAGGAGAAGAAGAAGAAGAAGUCCAAGUCUAAAGGAAAGUCUCCGGCUAAAGGUUCGGCCGUGAAGAAGAAGAGGGCGUACGUGGAGAUCGAGUACGAGAUGGAGACGGAGCCGGUUGCUAAGACCAGAUCCACGUCCUGACCAACAACCUGAGACUGUGUUACCGCGGCAACGGACUCUAAACAGCUUCUUCUUCUACUGUUUCUGUAAAUGUUUCUAUGUUUGAAUAAAAUAAAACUCCGGCUGGUUUAAACAUCAGCAUUUACUCCAGA